CCUGUGCAAAGAGCUUUACCUGUGCAGCUGGCGUGCUGUGUCUAAGGUAUGGUAUGUGAUGAGUAACCAUGUUUGGGUGUGUAUGUCUGAUGAGGAUAGUGACACACUCCCUUAUCACAUACACUGCAGAGGCUUGUAGGUGUACCGGGCUUUAAAAAGGCAGCUCAAGAAAGAGACUUACAGUUGGGAUUUGGGGUGGAGAAGGAAACAAGUUCACAGAAUCGGAUAUCAGAGAAGUGAAAGUCCAGGUUGUGCAGCACUCAAGAACAAAGGAUGUGGCUGUGUAUUGUACUUCUUGGUUUUCUGUCCCUUGCGAAUGCACAGCAAGAUUGUGCUCGUGGAGCAUGCUACCCUGCAGCGGGAGACCUAUUGAUUGGAAGAACCAAUCUCUUAAGAGCUUCAUCAACAUGUGGAAUGGAGAAACCGGAAUCCUACUGUACGCCCUUUGGAGAGGCCCAGCUUAAAUGUUGUCGCUGUGAUUCACGAGAUCCUUUUUCAGCAAUCAGUCACCGGAUUAUUAAUGUGGUGUCACGGAUUGGUCAUCUACGUUGGUGGCAAUCAGAAAACGGUCUUGAUCCAGUUUACCUGCAAUUUGACUCAGACAAGAAGUUUCAGCUCAGUGAUGUCACUCUGGAUUUCAGGAGCCCCCGACCAGCUGGCAUGUUAAUAGAGCGAUCUUCAGACUUUGGCAGAACAUGGCAGGUGUAUCAGUAUUUAGCAUAUGAUUGUGCCAUUGCUUUUCCAUACAUCAAACAAGGCCGCCCCCAACACCUAAAGGAUGUGCGCUGCCAGGAGCUGUAUGGCAACCCAACUCAUGGGGGCAAGAUAAGCUUUAGCCCAAUGGCAAUGGCCUUUACAGUUCCUGUAUCGAAAAGUCAACAAAUUCACCAACUUGGAGAGUUCACCAACCUGCGUAUUAAUUUCACUCAGCUGACACACCUGCCACCCCAAAAAUACCGGGAACCCAGUGCAUUCUAUGCAAUAGAUGAGAUGCGUAUUCAUGGCAGCUGCUUCUGUUACGGCCAUGGAGACCGAUGUGUACCCGGUGUUCUGCCAGAAAGAGAUCCAUAUGGUGACAUUCAGGUACAUGAUACAUGCGUAUGCCAACAUAACACUGCUGGAACAAACUGUGAACGUUGUGCUGACCUCUACAAUGACCUGCCCUGGAGGGAAGCUGAUGAAAACAACCCCCAUGUGUGCAAGCAGUGUAACUGUAACAAUCACGCUGACAAAUGCCAUUUUGACCCUGAAGUAUAUGAAGCUAGUGGCAGAGUGAGUGGUGGUGUAUGUGAGGAUUGUGCUGAUGGCACCACAGGAACAUAUUGUGAGCGUUGUAAACCUGAUUACUACAGAAAUCCCAAUCAAGACAUCAGCCAACGAGAUGCCUGUGUUUCCUGUGAUUGUGAUCCAGAGGGUAGUGUUGCUGGCGGCAGCUGUGAUCAAACAAAUGGAAGAUGUAUUUGUAAAGAAAAUGUUGGAGGAGAGCGCUGUGACCAGUGCAAGCCAGGGUUUUAUCUCCUGAGUGCUUCUAAUCUACAGGGAUGUACAAAGUGUAACUGUGAUCCUCAGGGGACGGAGAAAGACCAGCCAUGUGACAGUGAAACAGGACAGUGUCGGUGUCUUCCAAAUGUUAUAGGCCAUCGGUGUGAUCAGUGUGCCUCCCAGCACUGGAAUCUUGCUAGUGGAAGGGGUUGUCAAAUGUGCAGUUGUCUUCCUAGAAACUCUUAUAGUCUUCAAUGUAAUCAGGUUACUGGCCAGUGCCUGUGUAAAGAAGGCUUCGGUGGUCAACACUGUACUGAAUGCCCAAUCAGGAUGUAUGGAGACUUGCAAACUGGAUGUCGAGCUUGCAAUUGUGACUUCCAAGGAACCAUUGAUAUGGGUUGUGAUAAGGCAACUGGAAAGUGCUUGUGUCGUCAAGGCAUUAUGGGAGUACGAUGUGAUUCUUGCCACAGAGGAUAUACUAACACAUACCCGGACUGCAGACCAUGUCACUCCUGUUUCAAUUUUUAUGACAGUGAGCUAAGAACUCUUGGCACUCAAAUGCAAGUUCUACGAAACACAAGUGCCUUAGAGGUAGGGCAGUCUGCUGUAGAUUUUGGACCUCGGCUGGACAUGUGCAGAGAUGAACUUCAGCGUGUUCAGAGACUGUCAAGUGGGUCAGGGGUCUCAGAUAAUGAGCUUUUACGGAUGGAGAACCAAAUGGCAAAAAUGAGAGGAGAUGUGGGAGAGCUAAAGUCCGACCUGCCACCUUUGGACGGUUUUGAUUCCCUUUCAAAUGACUUGAACUCCUUGGGGGUCCACUAUAACAGCAUUACUAUUCUUUACCAGAAUAAAGUGACCCAGCAAGGAAAUGCCAUUGCUCAAAAUGCUUCAGGUUUAUAUACCGUUGUUAGUUCUGCAUACCAGUCAUCACAGGAGUCUGCAAAAACUGUGGCAUCAGCCAUGGCAACUGUAUCUCAAUCAAGGGAAAGUAGAAAAGGGUUAAAUGGGCUUGAAGGAAAGAUCCAAGAGGCGGUGGAGGACCUAAAAACCCUGAAAGAUGAACUAUCCUACCCAGAUCUUACACCAACCAUUAACAGGAUUUGUGAGGGUAUAAGAACAGACUCCUGCACCCCAGAAUACUGCCCUGGAAACAUAUGUCGAAGGAAUAAUGUUACCUUGUGUAAAGUGGGAACUCUUUGCAGAGGGGCAUUCCCUUUGUCCAUGAAUGCAUUAAGGAGCUCGGAGAAAACUUCCAAGGAUCUUCUGAAUAUCAGCAACCAACUGAUGAAGAAUGCUCAGAUGAUAACAGAAGCAGAAAGAACAGCCAAUCAGAUUAAAGAUAAUUCACAGCAUCUGAUGAGCCAAGUGACUCAGACCAGGAAAGACAUGGACCAACGAUUAGGAAUCUCCAAGCAGUUCAUACAGCAAAUCCGAGAUUUUCUGAUGGAACCCUCAACAGAUCCAGCCACUAUCCAAGAAGUUAGUGAAUAUGUUUUGUCCCUCAAACUUCCUGUGGAUGCAUUAUCUCUCCAAAGAAAAAUGAAUGAAAUCCGCAGCAUAGCAGAGAAGAUGCCAAAUAUGGAAUUAGUGUUGUCACAGACUAGAGAAGAUAUAGCCAGAGCAAGGAAACUACAAAGUGAUGCCGAAGAUGCCAGGAACAAAGCAAAGACUGUUGAAGACAAUGUGGAUGGUGUGGUAGAGAAUAUAGGAGUAGCAAAGAAAGCACUCAAAGAAGCGGAAGAUAAAAUACGUGGUUCCAGUUUGUCUUUACAGCAGAUCCAGGAUCGCGUACUAGAGAUUGGGCAAGUGCUGAACCCUGUAAAGAAAGGGAUGGAUGACAUGCAUGAUCAGCUACAAGGUUUUGCACAGCAAGCAGAGAACCUGCGUGACAGAACUGCAGAAAGUCUACAACAGGCAGGUCAGGCCAAACGUGCAGCAGAAGGAGCUCAAAGAAAGGCUGUGGAUGCCCAACAGGGUCUAGAUGCUGUGAUGGAAAAAUAUGCCCUGGUGAAGAGUCGCCUAGGGCAAACAACUAACAUCGGAGCUCAGGGACAGCUGGUUGCAAAGAUAAAGAAAGAUGCAGAUGACCUUUUCAAAGAAUCACAGCAAACAAUGAAGAGGAUGAAAGAAAUUGAAAGUGAAUUGCUUAAGGACCAGCAAUAUAUGAUAAAAAAAUCUUCAGAACUUAAUGGCCUGGAAGAUGAGAUCAAGAAGAUCCGAGAAGACAUCAGUAAUAGAGCCAUCUUCUAUUCAACCUGCAGAGAUUAAAA